GCCAGAUCCUCACGACCGGUUCACAGACGACGGCGCACGACCGCUCGCGACGAGUUUUCAUGUGGCAUCUACGAAUCAAAGUGGCCGUCACCACAAGUCCGUUUUUUUGUUUACCAUUCGUUCCGUUCAUGAACGUUUCAGCGCGUGUCUCGGGCCUGCUGUUCAAACUGGUUCAAACUCUUUCAUGACAACCUCGUGUCCGUUUGGCGCUGCCCGGCAGUCCCGGCACCUGACUACACUACCACAUUGAACAUCAUAAUAUUUUAUUUCACGCUCGUCACGAUGUUGCAAUAGUAAAUUAUAUUGUAAACAUCACGAUCUGCAUCUGCACAGUUAAUUAUGUGGUUCAUCGAAUUGCAUAUGAUCUCUGUGUAUUGUUUAUUCGUUUUCUUUAAGGCGACUUCGAUGACGAUUGUGUCGAUAAUUAAUUAAACCGGCAGAAUUACUUGUAGCAAGAUUUCUAACUGUUCAACAAAUUUCUAACAAUUUGUUGUAAUCUAAUCUUUUUUUUUUCUAUUGAGCAUUAAAAAUUAAUGUAUAAACAUUGUCAGAAGACCAUGUAAACAAAAAAUAGUAAAGGCAGUUUCAAAUCAAAGGCGAAAUUCCAAAUUAUGAGAUCACCCUUAUCCAUUUAUGAGAAAAGAGAAGAAAAGAAGAACCUGUACAGCUAACUACUUUUUACCAAAGUCGUCAAAGGUUAAACGGAACAAAUACAGGAACAAUACAUAAAUAAAAUUAAUAUUUAUAUUACAUAAAUCAAAUGAACUACACUACAACGUUUAACACUACAACGUGAUUGUGUGUAUUUGACUGGGCUCUGUUAGAACAGGAAUUAUAAGUGACAAAAUUACAAACAUGACAUCAAGAACUAUAAGCGUCGCUCAAGAAGGACCUGCAAAUGCCUUAGCUCUUAAUAAAGAUAACAGCCAGGUUGUGAUAGCUGGUCGCAAUGUUUUUAAAAUAUUCACAUUGCUAGAGGAUAGAUUUGAAGAAGCCUGCAAUCUUCGUGUUGGAAAAAAUCUGAACCUGAAUUUUUCCUGCAAUGAUGUUGCUUGGAAUCUCAAUGAUGAUCACAUACUUGCGACUGCAGCAACGAAUGGCGCAGUUGUUUUGUGGAAUCUGAAUAGGCAGUCUCGAUCGAAACAAGAUCAUGUAUUUGUAGAUCACAAAAGAACAGUGAAUAAAGUAAGCUUUCACAUGACAGAACCUAUGUGGUUGAUAUCUGGCUCACAAGAUGGUACCAUGAAAUGUUUCGAUUUACGAAUAAAAGAGGCUAUUAAGACUUUUUAUAGUAAUACUGAAUCUGUGAGAGACGUACAGUUUUGUCCACAACAACCUCACACUUUUGCUGCUGUGUCCGAAAAUGGCCACGUACAGCAAUGGGAUAUGAGAAAACCGGAGCGUUAUUUUCAACAUUUUACCGCACAUAGUGGCCCGAUAUUUGCUUGCGACUGGCAUCCGGAAACUACUUGGCUUGCUACAGCAUCUAGAGAUAAAACUAUCAAAGUUUGGGAUUUAUCAGGUAAACCAAGUUGCGAUUACAUUAUACACACUAUAGCAUCGGUGGGACGUAUAAAAUGGAGACCUCAGAAAAAGUAUCAUAUAGCCAGUUGUGCUUUAGUCGUCGAUUGCAGUAUAAAUGUAUGGGAUAUUCGUAGACCGUUUAUCCCAUUCGCUAGUUUUAAUGAACAUAAGGACGUUCCUACGGGUGUGGCAUGGAGAGGCAACUCUCAAUCGUUUUUAUCAACAAGCAGAGAUUGCACUUUAUAUCAUCAUGUUUUCGACGAUGCAGUAAGGCCGGCCAGUAAGGCAAAUCCACAAAGUGUUGCAAUAAAUCUAAAACAUGAUAUUGCAUGCGCCUCUAAGGUGAAAUAUGAACCAACAAGCAUCACAAGACAACUUAGUAAUUUAAUGAGGAGAACUCCUGUAACAAAUGAUGAUGCCUUUUGCAUGGCUUCAAGUGUAAUGUAUAGAUUCCGCGGAUGUGUACGCGAACCGAAUUGGUUUAAAAUAGCAGCAGAAAAUUAUUUACUUUCUGGAAGUUUAAGUGAAGCCUGCGAUCAUAAUGCACGCGUUGCACACGACUUUGGGAAUUAUGUUGUCAGUAAAUCAUGGCAAGUCUUAAAGAUUAUGUAUACAGAUCCGUUCGAGAUACUCCAAAAAAGUGCACCGACGGUGCCUAAAGAAGACAUAGCCAAUACAUCAAAUAUAGUACCUGGUGUAACAAAAAGCUCUGGUAUGGAACAGUCAAACGCGAGUAAACAAUCAAGUCAUGAACAAGAUGCAAAAUCUCUCCAAGGGGAAAAUCCUGGCGCUGCUAGUGGUGGUGAUGAUGAGACUGAAACGGAAACUGAAGUACCGGAAAAUCAUAAUAUUAUGGGGCCGUCGACUAAUACUGAAAGUGUUCUGCCAAGGAGACCGUUGCUUAGUGAUAUACCUUCAACGUCUCGAGGCGACUUUAUCUUUGGCGAGACUGAAUAUGAACCCGUGUCUCUGGAACAUCCCGGCGAAAGCAGGCAAACUGUAAUGCGUAUGGAGGAUGAUGAUUGGACUAAGGAAUUGCAGAAGGAGGCUUUUCCUUUACGACACGAAAUUAAGGAUCGAUCUCCACCACCGGAACAAUUUCCCAAUCAUCCUCCAGAUCUCAGCGAGAAUUCAGCAUCUGUUAUAGUUGAAGAUCAGCCUCAAUUAGUAGUUCCGGUUCUACCUAAAGUUUUACCUUUUAAUUUUACAUCUUUGGUUUUGGAUGGGCUACGCUUUCACACGGCAAUAAGAGAUGUACAAACGACAGUAUCGAUGCUUAUCGUCCUAGGAGAAAUAAGGAAAAAGUUGAAUAUUCCUAUAGCUUUACAGGAACAUUGGAUAUUAGAAUACUUGGAUAUGCUGGGCAAAUUUAAACUUUGGCAUGUAGCUACACAGAUAAUACAAUUAGCGUGGAUUCCUUCUAUAGCGCAAUUAAAUCAACAGUCGACUACGAUUCAUGCGUGUUGCGUAGCAUGUACAAAAUCUUUGCAACGGUCUGCCUGGUUGUGUGAUCAUUGUCAUACGCCCGAGCAUGCUUUGUGUUCUCUUUGUAAUCAGGUGGUACGUGGUAUCUACGUAUGGUGUCAAGGAUGUGCGCACGGAGGCCAUAUAAAUCAUAUGAGGGAAUGGUUUAAUAAAAAUCGACAAUGUCCUACUGGUUGUGGACAUCUUUGUGAAUACAACUGAAGAAAUAUGUCGACGCUUAUUAUAAAUAUUAGAACCGAAUAAUUUUUAAUGAAAUAUUACAAUGUGAAAAUAUUGUAAUAUAAACGCAGCAUACGAACUUGUACAAAUUGGAUUUCAUACAUGCAACGUAUACAAUACAGAGGGUGUCUCAUAAGAAAUGGUCAAAUAAAAGUAGAUAGAGCGGACUAAACUGAAUCGAAAAGUUCUGUACCAUUUUGUGAUUUUCACAAUAGUUAACGAGUUAUUAAUUUAUAAGCUGAAUUUUUCAACUCGGUUUAGUCCAAUCUACCUAUAUACGACCGCUUAGCUGUUUCUUUUGGGAUGCUCUGUAUGUAUUAAAAGAAAACAUUGUUUAGGGAAGUAUAAAAUUAUAGGAAUGGUAAGAUAUACGUAUGUAUUUAUGUGUAUACAUAUAAUUUUACAUGUACUACCUAUAUAAUAUCUUACUAAAUCCAGAUAAGAUAUAUAUUAAUUCAUAUAAACAUUUUAUUAGUAACCCAUUGUAUAUAAGAAUAUUAUUUGGGUUAAAAAGUAACAUGUAAGAUACAGUGUAAAGUUUUUAAUUGAUAAAUACCAGAGAAUGGAAGACUUUACGUAUA